GUCGAUGGCUUUGCCUUUCUUGGCACUGACGCGCCUAGCUCCGCGCAGCCUUCCUUUGUUCCUGGAUGGGGCUUACGUGGCGUGGUCCCUCUUCGCACUGGCGGCCUCGGCCUUCAGGGGGGUCCGCUUUCCUUGGUUGGAUUGUCGGCUCCAUCUCUCGAGUCUCCGCCUUUGGCGCCUUCUGAGUUCUUUCUUGGCCCUGGGGUUGUCACCGGCGCCGCCGCCGGAUCCGCUGGGCCCCCCGUUAGCCGGCCUUUCCCGCUGGGCGUUCCUGCCCAGGCACCUGCCCCCUUGGGUGUGGCUCGCGGUCGCCUAGACCAGGUUAUCGCUCGGCUCCGCCCUUCGCCCCUCAUUUCAGCCGCGGAUCAAGAAGCGUCUUACCAGCGGGGUCUGGCCGCGGNCAACCAGAUGCUCCUUGGUGCCCUAGCCUCUUCUACGGUGUCCCGCCAGGAUGGUGCCGUCACCGAGUUCCUGAGUUGGCUUUCCAGCCAUGGUCGUGGUCGGGACUGGUGGAAUUGUACGCCAGACGACGUGCUCGUCUAUAUGACGGUUUGGUGGCUGCCCCGGCAUCAGGGCCGAAGUGGUGGCCCCGUUGGGCCUGCCGCCGUUAAGUCCCUAGGUAUGUUAGGAUGUGCCAGUGUCUAUAGAUUUACGAUUGCACCCUUUCCUACCGUGGCUCGAUCCCGGGAUCUCACGAAGGAAAUUUUCCGGUACGACAACAUGUGA